AUGAGAGUUUUGCAUCUUUUCGUGAAUCAAGAAAAUGAAAUUCUUGCAGUCGUCGACGGAACUAACAAAAGCGGUUACGAAAUCCAAGCUGCAGCGAGAAGCGAAAACGUCCCAGACAGAAUCUUCAACUACUCAAAACAAGAUAUUCCGUUGUCAAAAUCCCUCAAAUUGAAUACAAAACUGCUCGAAGAGGAAAUCAAUACUCUGCGGCGCGAGGAGCAGACUGGUGUCAAUGUAGAGCUAGCGAAAACAUUCCAAAUGUUAAUUGAACAUCUCAUCUGUCUACGCGAUUUUAGUUGGAAGAUGAAUUUCUUUGAAGCGGGGGGAACGUCGAUCGAUGCCAUGAUCCUGCUCAACGAGCUUAGACCUCCUCCCGAAUAUCACGCACAGUUUUUAAACUCGCUAAAGAACGAGAAUCUUUCAACUGUCAGAAGAAACCUUGAAAAAGUCGACGAAGUUGUCAGAAACUCCACUCAAACUUCGAUCAAGUAUUCGAGCAUUGAAAAUUUCUGUGCUGAUCCCUCAUUGUCACCGUAUUUCUUUGAUGAUGACAAAUUGCCGCGAUCGUUCAAGCUCGACAUGCGGAAAUUUUGGGCGGUGGAUGUUGGAUCAUGCGCCGACUGUGACCCAUUAUUAUUGAGCCAUGAAGACGGGGAAGAACAUCUGGUCAUUAUUGGAACACACGAUGGCGGUUUACACGCUGCUAAUGCCAGAACUGGAACGCUUUUAUGGUCUCAGAAUUUUACGUCCAAAGCUGCUGGAUAUUUACUGUGGCACUCGAUGCUCUUCGUGGCGGAAAGUGGAAAAUAUUUACACUUGCUCGAUCCGAGAACAGGCGAUGUUCUGCUCACUGAAGACAAUCAAGGGGGAGCUAGAGGACCGCCGAUGAUUUACGGCGAAUCGGUUUUAGUUUACAACGAAAACAUUCUCCUUUAUGACUGGGACGUGUCCCUUUGUAAGCUGAUUCUGAAAGAAAAGAUAAAUAUUGGCGAAACAAUGAUGGCAAAGCCCUUACUCACGCAAAAUAACGAUCUGAUAGUCGCCACAGCAAAGGGAAAAAUCAUCAAAAUCUCAGAAAGUAGACCCGUCUUUCAGUUAAGAAUUGGAGGGCCUAUUUUCAACACACCGGUCGAAGAAAAUGGAGAGCUUUUGGUGAUGAAUGUGAAGGGACUUUUGACGAGAAUUAACAAAGAAGGAACUGUAAAAAGUGCUACGAAAAUCACCGAAAAGACAGUCUUUGCUCCGAUAAAACAUUCUCUUGUUGCGAAUGAAAAAGGUGAAAUAUUCAGGAUUGGCUUUGAUUCAUAA